AUGCCAUUUCUGAUGCCCAGACGCCUCAAAACUCGCCGCGCCGCUCUUGCCACGGACUCACACGGCUCCCGUGACGCCUGCCUAACAACAACCGGCGACUCCAAAAAUUGCACAUACAAACAGCUCAUGAUUGACUUUUGGCAAGGACUCCUUGCUGCUCUGGAAAGAAUCACCAUGUUGCCAUCGAUGCUGCACUCGGUGCUUCCCAAACUUACCCCACGGAAACGCACACGAGAUGCAGUCCGCACAUAUGACCGGACCAUGGACGACCUCUUGCGCGAAAUCCAGCGACUGCUAGAAGAACCACUGGAAGCUUCAAAACUCCUGGACAUGUCCGCAAAGUUGCAGGCACAAUUCGCCCCAAAAUUGCAAGCCAGCGACAUUUGUAUGCUGCCGUCUUACAACCACAAGCUGCCUUCUGGAUGUGAGAAAGGUACCUACCUGGCUCUCGAUGUCGGCGGUUCCACGUUCCGCAUUGCGCUUGUGGAGUUGAACGGAAGACAGCCCGGUGCUAAGAACAUGCGCAUCAUUGUCAUGAAGAGCUACAAGAUUGAUGAAACUGUUCGGCAACGACGUGGAAACGAUUUCUUCGAAUGGAUGGCCGAAAAGAUACAGCACGCCCUCGCAGAUCCGCAAUUGCAGAGCUCAACCAGCACUCGGAGUUUUCCCAUGGGCUUGGCGUGGUCAUUUCCUGUACAACAAACAUCCAGCCGCAGUGCCAACUUGCUAGACAUGGGCAAGGGGUUUCGCGCAACUGAGGGGUUGCUGGGCCAAGAUCUAAGUGAGUUGAUCAUGGCGCCAUGCAGAAAGAGGAACCUCCCCGUACACAUGGAUUCCAUCGUCAACGACUCGUCUGCGACUUUAUUAUCACGUGCCUACGAAGACCCAUCAACACGCUUCGCAGUCAUCCUAGGAACAGGCUUCAACAUCUCCGUGCAUUUACCCGUAUCAUCACUCGCAAGUACAAAGUACCAAGGCUACCCCCAGCAAUGGCUAGACGAAGCCACCCACGUGCUCGUCAACACCGAGUGCAGCAUGUUUGGCAAAGACAUCUUCCCCACGACUCGAUGGGACGAACAGCUAAACAACGCGCAUCUCCGCCCGGACUUCCAGCCCUUUGAGCACAUGAUCAGCGGCCGCUACAUGGGAGAAAUCGUGCGCUUAAUCAUCGUCGAAGCCGUCCGAACAGCCGGCUUGUUCAGCGGCGAGGUUCCCGACCAACUAGCCGAACCUUAUACCCUGGACACCGGCACCAUCGCCGCCAUGGAAAUGGAUAAUUCCAAAUACCUAGCCAACGCCACGGCUCUUUUUCAAUCCAAACAUGCUCUCAGCAAACCGCCGACAUACAACGACAUUCAGUUUGUCCGCCAGGUCUCGCAGCUCGUCUCGCACCGUGCAGCCGCCUUUCUCGCUACAGGCAUCCAUGCGUUAUGGGCUCUUCGAACGAAAUCCGAAGGUCUGACCCCCGCGUCCGCUGGUCGGAUGAGCAUCGGAUGCAACGGGUCAGUUAUUGAGAAAUAUCCUUUUUUCCGCGAAUUAUGCCAGUCGCAUCUUCACGAACUGACGGCUGCUUCCGGGGCGGAUUCAAAGACGAUUUCUCUGGAAAUUGCGGUUGAAUCGGCGAUUUAUGGGGCGGCGGUUGCUGUGUGCUGUCUAGAGGGGCAGUCAUAG